AAGUCGGGUCUCAGUGGCUAGAAUACGCAGGCGCACAAGCGCGGGACCUUGGAUCUUUAGUUUAUUUCCUGUCUUCCGUCAGCUCUUCGGACCCUUUUCGCCUGUGGGUGAACCGACCUCAGGGGCGGGUGGCAGACAACAUGGAAACAGCUAAGGAUGGUGAGCAGAGCCCAAGUGAGGCAUCUCCUCCAGCCCAGGCCGGUCCUGAAACCAUCUCAGAGCCUGUGCCUCGGGAGGAGGAGGGUCAGCCGCUGUACCAUGAGGAGACCAUUGAUCUCGGUGGAGAUGACUUUGCGUCUGAAGAGACAGAGCCCACAUCCGAAGGUUCUCACAACUUCGGAGAUAAGCUUAAUGAACACAUGAUGGAGAGCGUGCUCAUCUCUGACUCUCCGAACAACAGCGAGGGUGAUGUGGGCGACCUCGGCUGUCUGCAGGAUGUCGGGGAGCCGCCCAGAGGUGCCACCGACCACAGACCGCCCGAUAGCACGGACAAAGAAGUGGUGGACACCCUGAGUAAUGGCAGUGAGACCGAUGGAGACGAUACUCCCAGAGACAUCUCAGACAUGACCCCUGAUAGCAGAGCCUCCCUGAAGGAAGACUCAACCCAGGAAGAUGUGCCGGCCAUGCCUGCACUGGAGAAUGCUGGCACGGAGGAAGUGGGGCCUAAAGACAGCCUUGUGCCCCGAGAAGAGCAGACCUCAGAAGUGUCCUCCAGUCAGUCCUCCUCCAAAGACGAGCCCUUGCCUGUCUGCACCAUCUUCAGCCAGGCCACCUCCACUUCCUCCCAGCCACACUUGUUUCUACAAGAUGGCUUCGAGUCCCAGAUGGUGAAAUCGCCCAGUUUCAGUAGCACCAGCGAGACAUCAGCCAAGACCCCUCCUCCCAUGGUCCAGCCCAGUCCCAGCCUGAGUACAUUUUUCGGAGAUACAAUGAGCUCUAAUUCCUUGGCCUCUGACUUCUUUGAUUCCUUCACAACUUCUACUUUCAUUUCGGUCAGUAAUCCCAACGCUGGUUCCCCGGUUCCAGAAAAGCUGUCUUCACUCACUGCCCCUGUAGGGGAAAAGUCACCCGAUUCCACCAGCCCAUCUUACUCUACAAGGAUGGAUAGAUCGGAAUCCGGUGUCUCUCGGGCCGCUCUGGAUGUCCCUGAAUCUCCAAAGCCAUUCUCACAGAUCCAGGCUGUGUUUGCUGGGAGCGAUGACCCCUUCGCCACAGCCCUGAGCAUGAGCGAGAUGGACCGGAGGAAUGACGCAUGGCUUCCCAAUCAGGCGACCAGAGAAGUCCUGAUGUCAGUAGCAACCCAGCAGUAUGGCACCGUGUUCAUAGACAAGGAGAACCUCACUAUGCCCGGCCUCAAGUUUGACAACAUUCAGGGAGAUGCAGUUAAAGACUUGAUGCUUCGCUUCCUGGGUGAGAAGGCUGCAGCAAAGAGGCAAGUCUUAAAUGCCAGCUCGGUGGAACAGUCCUUUGUGGGGCUGAAGCAGCUCAUUAGCUGCAGGAACUGGAGGGCGGCAGUCGACCUGUGUGGACGCCUGCUCACAGCCCACGGACAAGGCUAUGGCAAGAGUGGGCUGCCUACCAACCACACCACAGACUCCUUGCAGCUCUGGUUUGUGAGGCUGGCGCUGCUGGUGAAGUUGGGCCUUUUCCAGAAUGCCGAGAUGGAAUUUGAACCCUUUGGAAAUCUGGAUCAGCCAGACCUCUAUUAUGAAUACUACCCACACGUGUACCCAGGACGCAGGGGCUCCAUGGUCCCCUUUUCGAUGCGUAUUCUGCAUGCAGAACUGCAGCAGUAUCUGGGGAACCCACAGGAGUCCCUGGACCGAUUACACAGGGUCAAGACCGUCUGCAGCAAGAUCCUGGCCAACUUGGAGCAAGGCUUAGCUGAAGACGGUGGUCUGAGCAGUGUCACCCAGGAAAGCAGGCAAGCCUCUGUUCAGCUGUGGAGGUCUCGUCUGGGCCGCGUGCUGUACUCCAUGGCAAACUGUCUGCUCCUGAUGAAGGACUAUGUGCUGGCUGUAGACGCUUACCUCACAGUAAUCAAGUACUACCCGGAGCAGGAGCCACAGCUGCUGAGUGGAAUUGGCCGCAUUCUCCUCCAGAUUGGAGACAUAAAAACAGCUGAAAAAUAUUUUCAAGACGUUGAGAAAGUAACUCAGAAGUUGGAUGGACUACAGGGUAAAAUAAUGGUUUUAAUGAACAGAGCCUUUCUGUACCUUGGCCAGAAUAACUUUGCAGAAGCUCACAAGUUCUUCACAGAGAUUUUGAGGAUGGACCCGACAAAUGCAGUGGCCAACAACAAUGCUGCUGUGUGUCUGCUUUACCUGGGGAAGCUCAAGGACUCCCUGCGGCAGCUGGAGGCCAUGGUGCAGCAGGACCCCAGGCACUACCUGCACGAGAGCGUGCUCUUCAACCUGACCACCAUGUAUGAGCUGGAAUCCUCAAGGAGCAUGCAGAAGAAGCAGAGCCUACUUGAGGCCGUUGCCAGCAAAGAAGGGGACAGCUUCAACACACAGUGCCUGAAGCUGGCCUAGUUCCCUCCAGGUCUCUGUACUCUGUAGACACUUGAGAAGGUGGAUCAGUAAAAGCACUUGAUGGGUGUGCAGGAACAUGCCUUAGGCUGGGCUAGUCUCAGACCCACUGACCGGCCUACCAUGCAGUUCCACAACACUGCCUGUUGGUGGAGGUGGGCUAUAUGCCUGGCAUUCAGAAACAGGAAACACAAGAACCUGGGUUCUUUGGUUUGUUCAUGGACGUUAACUGCUCCUUUGUCACUUCUGAAUACUUGGCUGGUGUAUAAUAUUGCCUGUUCUCACUAUCAUUGUCUUCCUUCCUCCAUAUCCUAAACCAAAGCAUCACGCUGCCUACUCAGCUCACUCAGAACACAGCUGGGCAAGAAGCGUCACAGGCUGGCACAGCAUCUAUGUGUUCUGUGUGCCUGGAGGGCAGAGUGGCUCAACACUUGUACGCUUUGUCUACUUUGCAAAAUGUGAAGGACCUGAAAAUGGUUUAGGGCACCCAGCUUUCCUAGUUCAUGUGAAAACACUCAUUUUAAAGGCAGGAUACACAACUGUGGGAUGCAGCAGGGCUCAAUUUGUGCCUCACAUGCUGAGAGCCUGGGCUCCCCCAUAACAACAUAAACAAAAUGUCUGUGGCACACAACAAAACUACUGUCUCUUCAUUUCUGUAAUAAAGUGGAAAGUACUUUGUGUUA